ACUUCUUCCCCAAUUCUCCAAUCGAAAUCUCGAUUUAGGGUUUAUCUCACUAUUUUGUUCAUCCACACUUGUUAGCAGCAGAGCUCGCUGAUGCAAAAUAUGGUGCUUUGGAGUAGAUUGAGGCAAUCAAGGUUUAAAGUUCAAGCAUUUUCCAACGAUUUCAGGAGAUUUUACAAUUCAAAUCCAGCUCCAGUUUUUGCAAAUCAGCUCAUUUCUUCUCGCAAAUUAGCUCCGAUUUUUAAUUACCCUAAGUUUAUCGUUCAAGAUGAGCAAUUGGCGCUGUUCCGGAAAGUCAGAUUCUACGCAAAACCUUUUAAGAAAAAAGGGGAGAAGGAUGAAGGUGAGCCUAUGAUGAACGAGGAAAUCACGGCUCCAAUGGUUAGACUCGUUAUUGAUGAAGAUAAUCAUAUCAUAGUAUCGAGGUAUGAAGCAUUGGCUCGUGCAGAAAGCCUUAACUUGGAUUUGGUCGAGGUUGAUAAAAAUGGCAAACCACCUGUUUGCAAGAUUUUUGACUACAACAAACAAAAAUACAUUCGACAGACAAAAGAAAAAGAGCGCGCUAAAAGCAAGUUCACACUCAAGCCUGGACCAGCGAAAGAAAUUAAAUUUGGUGUUAAAAUUAAACAAAAUGACCUGAAAAUAAAAGCUGAUAUGGUUAAGAGACUCAUGGAAAAAGGUUAUCGAGUUAAGUGUACAGCCGCAGAUGCUGCUGAGGGCGUGGACUUGAAAUCAUUGUUAUCUCAAUUUACUCCUUUGAUUGAUGAUGUUGGUGUUGUGGAAAGUGGACCAAAGUAUGAAAAGAAGCAGGCUUUCGUCGUUGUCAGGCAUGUCAAGUUUGGUCCGGUUAACAAGAAGAGUUCAGGAAAGAAAGCUUCUGCAUCUGCCGACUCUCCACAGACGACAGAAGCCUCGGAGGAAGAUGCUCUGACCAACAAAUCCGACUGGAAUGCUUUUGCCGGAGAUGAUGGUGGUGCACACCCGAUGUUUGAGAUAGAUGAUGAAGAAAGUGAUCAGCUCGAACGUUCAAAGCAUACAGAUUCAUCUAUUCCAUCUAGGAUUCUGAAGCCUGUAACAGAAACCCCUCGACCUGCGUAUCCACCAACGGUACCUGUGGCCGUGAAUGGCCGUGGUGCAACGAACACUACUGCAAAAGAAACCCCUCGACCUGCUUAUCCACCAAGGGUACCCGUGGCCAUGAACGGCCGUGGUGCAGCAAACACCACGAACAGAGCGCCUGCGUCUCCAAAUCAAGAAAACCAGGCUCGUUUUGGCAUGAACACGUCUUCUCGAACGAGACCAGGUCAGCAAGUCGAGGCUCCUCCUCGUGGAAUUCCAAAGCAAGAUUCUUCUUCCUCGACUGAUCAGCAAUCGCCGCCCAAAAGUUAUGGUAUUUUUAGCGUGCCAAAGGCAAAUGCAGCACCAGCAGCCAACAGGUACCAGCAGAAUGUACCUCCAGCCGCAGCCUCGUCUCCGACAAGAAACCCUAGAACGGCCACCGCCUCAUCUCCGGCUGCGGAUUCGUCCAACAGAGGGGUGGGUGCUGAUAAUUCUGGGCAAAAAAGGUAUGGCAUCUUUAGUGCUGAAGAGAGAGAAAACCAAGCACGACAACGGUGAGGUGAGGCGAGGUUUGGUUCUCUAUGUGGCUUUCAUCAAUUUUUGAAUGGCUUCUUUUUUGUUUUUAAGCUCAAUUACCAAUAUUUAUUUAUUUAUUUUCGCAUUGAUUUAGCUAUAAAUUAGUAGGUAGAAAAAAAAAACAUUUUUUAAUAUCAGCGCUUGUUGUAUUAUGAAAAUUCAAUAAUUGCGAGUACCGGAACACAUCGAUUAAUUUAGCUUUAUGUAUUCGACGGCAAA